CUUUCUGUUCUGCUUCAGGGUAAAAUGGCUUUCCUGGCAGCAAAUAGCUGUUUCAUUUCCUACAGUGACAACGGGGACAUUGUGGCCAAGAGCAAGACAGCAGGGGAUGGCGAGAUGGUGAAGAUCCGAACCUGUGCAGAACGAGAGGUCAAGCGUAAAGAUGACAUUGCAGAUGAGGACAGGGGCAACGUGAAGUCCUGCGAGAUCAAUUAUGUGUACGUAACCUCUGCUGUUUAUAAGCGGUGCUUAUGAAAUGUGUAAGCAGCCCAAACAAAGACUAAUGAAGGAAAAAUGUUAAGUUCUCUUAUAUUUUCUUUGGAAUCUUCUCCGUUAGAAAGGUUAUCGUAAGUUAGAAUAAGUAAAUGUUAUAAUUACCUGUUAUUCUUUGCUAAGUUCAGUAGAUGCUUUUGUUCUCCUUUAAUGUGAAGUUUAACUAGACGUUUCUG